UUCUCUGAUUUUUAUCUCUCUCUCUCACUUAAAUUUUACUCUUCCUCUCUCUAAAAUCCCCUUCUUUUAACCCCUUUCCUUUCUCUUUUGUUUCUCAUGAUUAUGCAGAUCAGCUUCUAACCAUCCGUUUUUUUACGGUUUUUUGUUCAAGUUUUUCUUCUUAUUUUUUCGGUGGUUUUUCAUGAAGAUAAGAAGCUUUAGAAUCCAAGUGUGCGGGUUUUUGAAAUUUUGAAAGGAAAAAAAAGAAGGUAAUAAUAAGAUGACGUCAACUCCGGGAGCAGCUUCGUCUUCAAAGAUUUGCUUCAAUUCGGACUGCAAGGACUUGAAAUCGGAAAUACCGAGGAAAGGCUGGCGGUUGCGAACGGGAGAGUUCGCUGAGCUCUGUGAUCGAUGCGCUUUUGCUUUUGAGGAGGGAAGAUUUUGUGAUACUUUUCACUUGAAUGCUUCUGGUUGGAGGACCUGUGAGUCAUGUGGGAAGCGGGUUCAUUGCGGAUGCAUUGUUUCAGUUCAUGCGUUUACUUUGUUGGAUGCUGGAGGAAUAGAAUGCGUAGCGUGUGCGAGGAAAAAUGUUGUUAUGGGAUCAAGUUCUUCCUGGUCACCAUCUUUGAUUUUCCAUUCAUCUUUGUCUGAGAGAUUUAAAGAGUAUUCUGCUAAAGGCUGGACUCAGUUAGCUGGUUCGGGCCCUGUACCUUGGCGGCAAGCACCGAGUUUGUUCAAUUCUCCAGUUACCCAGCCUGAGUUGCCCUCUAGAGUGCCCUAUGAAGUUGACUUAUCCACUGGCAUUGACAGAUUAAAUGUCUGCGACAGAUUAUCCACUCCUUCCCUGGAAAAGAAGAAAGUCGAGGACUUCUCUGAAAGGUUAAUGAAUGGAACCUUGAAGCCUGGAACUCGGGAUAUACAUGAGAAGGGAAAUGCAGGUUCAGAAAAUUUUCCUUGUAUCAAUCAUGGAAUCAAUUGCGAGGAACAGCGUAGUCCAUGUUUGACUAAAUUUCAGUCUUCUCUAAAGGAGGAACCUAAUCCACAAUUUGGUUUAGCUGUACCUUAUACAUCUCCAGAUGAAGCAAAUGGUCAAAAUGGGGUUUCUGGCACUCAUUUGCGACCAAACCCUCAACCUCCACUUGCCAAGCAAUUUCAUAGUAAUCUUCAAAAUGGGACUGACUCGUCAGGUGAAACUCAGAUUCGAAAUGGGAGGCCUCGACCAGAUGGCCGUGGAAAAAACAAUUUAUUUCCUCGUUAUUGGCCUAGGUUUACUGACCAAGACCUGCAGCAAAUAACUGGAGAUUCAAAUUCUGUAAUCACUCCUUUGUUUGAGAAAAUGUUGAGUGCUAGUGAUGCUGGGCGAAUUGGACGUCUGGUGCUACCAAAAAAAUGUGCGGAGGCUCAUUUCCCGCCGAUAUCUCAGCCAGAAGGUUUACCUCUUAAAGUCCAGGAUUCAAAAGGAAAGGAAUGGAUAUUUCAAUUCCGCUUCUGGCCCAACAACAAUAGCAGAAUGUAUGUUUUAGAGGGGGUUACUCCUUGCAUACAGAACAUGCAAGUGCAAGCGGGUGACGUAGUCACAUUUAGUCGGUUAGAGCCUGGAGGGAAGUUGGUCAUGGGUUUCAGAAAGGCUUCAACUGCUUCAGCAUCCGAUCAGGACAAUGAAGCCAAAAAUAGCAAUGGACUUUCUAUGCAUGGAGAUGCUGAAAUGGCAGAUCCUACCUCAUGGUCAAAAGUUGAUAAGUCAGGGUACAUAGCAAAGGAAGCAUUAGGAGCCAAAGUUGCAGUUUCCAGAAAGAGGAAGAAUAGCAUGCUAGGUUCAAAGAGUAAGCGCCUAAGAAUUGAUAAUGAAGACCUUAUAGAGCUGAAACUAACAUGGGAAGAAGCUCAAGGGCUGCUACGUCCACCUCCUAAUCAUGUAGCUAGUGUUGUAGUCAUUGAAGGUUUUGAGUUUGAAGAAUACGGGGAUGCACCGAUUCUUGGGAAGCCAACAAUAUUUGCUACUGAUAAUAUGGGGGAAAAGAUUCAAUGGGCUCAAUGCGAAGAUUGUUUUAAGUGGCGUAGAUUGCCUUCCAAUGUUCUUCUUCCUUCCAAAUGGACCUGUUCCAGUAACUCAUGGGAUCCAGAAAGAUCUUCUUGUUCAGCCAUUCAAGAAUUGACUGCCGAACAGCUGGAAAAUCUGCUUCCACAAUGUAAUCCAGCUGCUUCAAAGAAAAUGAAGGCUGCUAAACAGGAAAUGGAAAACGUUGAUGCUUUAGAGGGGCUCGACACCCUUGCGAACUUAGCUAUCUUGGGAGAGGGUGAGUCUCUCCCUACUUCAUCUCAGGCCACCACAAAGCACCCCCGACACAGACCUGGCUGCUCGUGCAUCGUAUGCAUUCAGCCCCCGAGUGGGAAAGGCCCCAAACACAAGCAGACAUGUACUUGUAAUGUCUGUGAAACAGUCAAGAGACGCUUCCGCACCCUCAUGAUGCGGCGUGAGAAGAAACAGUCACAAAAAGAAGCUGAAACCACUAGCAAGAAGCAGCAAACUUCGUUGCCUGAUAAAGUACCAGAUGAUGACCCUCCGCCUUGCACUAAUGCAGAAAAUAGCAGUCCAAAGCCGAUAAAGAUUGCCAGCGAGGGUUCAGAAGAUGAUCCUAAUAGAGUAAAAUCCUCAAUUUCACCCUUUAAAGGCCAAAUUGACUUGAACAUCCAGCCAGAGCGGGAAGAAGAGUUGUCACCUGGUUCUGAUUCUGGCAGCAUGAUGAGAUUGCUUCAAGAUGCUACAGACAAACACCUUAGACAGCAAAGCACGUUGACCUCAGGUGGUAACAGUAAUUCAGAAGUCAGCCAGACACAACCUGGUGGUGGCCCAGAAGGAGAAAAAAUUAGCAACAGUGUCAACCUCGGAGCCAGUCAUCAAGAUAUUGACAGGGACCAUCCAGUUUUCUCCAUUAAAACAUCUGCACCCACGUCAGCCACUGGUUAAGAUCAAUGCAUUAAGUUGCAUUUGACCAUUAUCAAGGAAUGAACUAUCGAUGGUGGUACAGUUUUUGGUUUCACACAUCUGCAUCGGCAUUGUUCAUUACAGACUGUACAUAAAAGAAGAGAGGUAUAAGAAACUAAUGUCCUCUCUAUAUUGAGGCUGACGCUAAGGUAGUUCAUUUCAGGAGCUCUCCUCUGCUACAGGUCUAGAAGAAUUUUGAAGAUGUAAAUCAAGUGCGUGCCAAUGAAUUGCAUUGCAUUCUGGUGGAUUUCAUAUUGUUUUGUUGUCUUGGCUUGCCUACCAUAUUUCAUGCUUGAAAAAAUGUGCGUAGGAGUAACGGAGUUUGGAGUGUAAUCUUCGAAACCUCCAAUGAUUUGAUGGCGGAGGAUUGCUAUUUGCUAGUGAACUGAAAAUUAUGUAGGUUUGAUUUUUGAAACAGUCAAGAAUUCUGGAAAGGCUAAAUCUUUGACCA